AGAACACACACGGGAGAGAAACCCUUCAGGUGCACUGUGUGCGGGAAGGCGUUUGCAGGUUUAUCAAAUCUUAAAACACACCAGAGGAGUCACACAGGAGAGAAACCCUUCAAGUGCACUGUGUGUGACAAGGCAUUUUCAUAUCCAUCAGUUCUAAGGAACCACCAGAGAACACACACGGAAGAAAAACCCUUCAAGUGCAGUGUGUGUGGGAAGGCAUUUUCAAAUUCAUCUGCUCUUAAAAAACACCGGAGAACACACACAGGAGAAAAACCCUUCAAGUGCAGUCUGUGCGCGAAGGCGUUUUCACAGUCAUCUGCUCUUGUAUUACAUCAGAGAACACACACGGGAGAGAAACCCUUCAGUUGCACUCUGUGUGGGAAGGCGUUUGCACGUUCACAAAAUCUUAAAAUACACCAGAGAACACACACAGGAGAGAAACCCUUCAAGUGCACUGUGUGUGACAAGGCAUUUUCACAUUCAUCAGUUCUUAGAAUCCACCAGAGAACACACACGGGAGAGAAACUCUUCAGGUGCAGUCUGUGCGGGAAGGCGUUUUCACAGUCAUCUGGUCUUGUAUCGCACCAGAGAACACACACGGGAGAUAAACCCUUCAAGUGCAGUGUGUGUGGGAAGGCAUUUUCAGAUAAAUCUCCUCUUAAAAAACACCGGAUAACACACACAGGAGAAAAACCCUUCAAGUGUAGUCUGUGCGAGAAGGCGUUUUCACAGUCAUCUGCUCUUGUAUUACAUCAGAGAACUCACACGAGAGAGAAACCCUUCAGUUGCACUUUGUGUGGGAAGGCGUUUGCACAUUCACAACAUCUUAAAAUACACCAGAGAACACACACAGGAGAGAAACCCUUCAGUUGCACUCUGUGUGGGAAGGCGUUUGCACAAUCACCAUAUCUUAAAUUACACCAGAGAACACACACUGGAGAGAAACCCUUCAAGUGCACUGUGUGUGGGAAGGCGUUUGCACAUUCACAACAUCUUCAAUUACACCAGAGAACACACACGGGAGAGAAACCCUUCAAGUGCACUGUGUGUGACAAGGCAUUUGCACAGUCAUCAGGUCUUCAUAGACACCAGAGAACACACACGGGAGAGAAACCCUUCAGUUGCACUCUGUGUGGGAAGGCGUUUGCACAGUCAUCAAUUCUUAAAAGACACCAGAGGACACACAAUCAUCAGAAGAUCCCCAAGAAAUGGAGUCUGAAAUCGGCUUGUGAAAGUCAAAGUGCUGCAAUGAGCCCAUCCCUCAUGAAACCAGAAGUGAAUCCCAGCUUGGACACUUUUAAAGGUAUCAAGGCAUAG